AUGGACGCAUCUGAACUUGAAUUAAGUCGUAUUCAUGGAUUUACAUCAUGGAUAAAUAUGCGAUUAAUGCCAUUUGAACAAGGUCUUAAUAAUAUUUUAACAGAUUUAAUGAAAGGUACUAAUAUGAAAAUGUUAUUACAAAGUGUUACGGGAACAACAACAGAAAAAAUUCAAUCAUUUGAAAAAUUAAGUCCUGAACAAAUAAGAACUCGAUGUGAAUGGGCUGUUAAACAUUUAAAAGAACAUCAAGUUAUACCAGAAGAUGUUCACGUAGAUGCUCGUUUAUUUGCUGUUCGAAGUGCGAAACAUGUAUUUGAUCUUCUUUGGCGAUUAGUCGAACAUGAUAUUUGGUUUUUAUGGGAACGUAUUGAUUUUCUUCUUCAAGAUGAUGCUAGUGCAUUAUUACAAGUACCACUUAAGUGGAUUCCAACUAUUGAUUCGUCAUCUGAUAUUGAUAAAUCGAAAAAAAAUAUAUCACUCUUGGCUGGUUUUGGUACAAAAGAUGUUGUAGAUGAUGUAAUGAGUCAAGCUGGUCAAUCGGGUAAAAAACCAGGUAAAUUUUCUGAAACAGAACCAAUGCUUGCUUUUUCAAAACGAAACCUUACUAAAAAAUAUCCAAAACCAAGUGCAUGUAUUAUUGAAAUGAUUCAACUUGUUUUACAAAAAACUUCAGAAGGACGAAGAAUAAAUUUUACUAAACUACAAGAACUAUCCGAUUUACGUAUUUUAUGUAGUUUAGUCAAUUAUUUUAUACCAAAUCUUAUUCCAACUGAAAUUUUACUCAAUGACAGAUGGAGUUUAAAUUUAACAUUAGCCAUUAUUGAUGAUGUUCUUUGUUGUAAAUCAAAUUUAAAUUCUGAAGAUCUUGUUUUGGCUGAUGAAAUGUCAAUUUGUGCAUUUAUGUGUUAUUUUUUUCUAGUCUUUUUUAAAUAUCAUCAAAGUGAUAUUGCUACUCAACGAACAGAUGAAAUUCGUCGAAAACAUUUUAAUGCUUUGCAAAAACUUCGUGCGUCAGAUCAAGUUGAUAUAGACGAAGAUAAAACACAUUUGGAACAAGAAAUAUUACAAUGCAAAUCCGAUUUAACUAAUAUAAGAAAGAAGUAUGAUUUACGUAGUGCAUUACAAUGGCGUGAACAUAUUGACCAAACUCGAGUGAAAGUAAUAACAAUAAUUGGAAAUAAAUUAAAAGUACGUUUUGAUUGGUUUGAUGUACCUGAAGAAAUGACAAUUGCUGAAAUUUGUCGACGAAAAGCAGUUAAUCUAGUUCUUACUGAAGGUUAUGCAUUUUAUCGAAUAUUAGAUAGAAAACAAGAAAUUGUUACAGCAGAACGAUCAUUUAUUUUAAUACAUAAACAAACACGACAGAUUAUUGUUGAUAAAUCAUUAUGUAAAAAGGAUGAUGACAGUCUAAAUCCAGUUAUUCGAAAAGCAAAUAUUCGUUCAAUAUUAGGUAUUGCUAAUAUUAGUGAUCAUACUGAAGUUAAAGCUGAUCGAUAUCCUCAAUAUGAAGUCUAUAUCAAUGCUCCAUCUCAAAAUAAAACGUUACCUGAUAAAACAAUAUUUUUAUAUCAAGUUUUUCCUGAAUCAUUAAAAUUUUAUCAUAAUUUUCUUCUUAAAGCUUGUGCUGAAGGUCAUUUAGAUUCUGUUGUACAUCUCGUACAAUUUCUUCAAAAACUUUAUCCUAAUUUUAUUAAUUUGCAUGAAUCAAAUUCAGAUAAUACGGCAUUACAUGUUGCUUGUAAACAUAAUAAUAUGAAUAUUGCUCGUUAUUGUUUGGAUAAUGGUGCUUAUGUUGAUAGUUUAAAUAAAGAUGGGAAUACUCCAUUAUUUUGUGCAGCCGAAAGAUUUGCAAAUUCAUGUGCAAAGCUUUUACUUGAAUAUGGUGCAGAUAUAACAAUUGUUAAUAAUCGAAAAAAGACGAUUAGAGAAUCAUGUAUUAGUGAUGAAUUUCAACAAACAGUAACAGAUGUAAGUACUUUUAUCGCAUCUGUAGUACCGGCAUUAACAAAUGGCGAUAAAGAAAUACUUGAUAGAGUGAUUUGUGAUCACGUUGAAGAACGAUAUACACUCAGUUCAUUAAAUAGCAGAUUUGUCAAUGGAAGUACUUUAAUUCAUACAGCAUGUUAUUUUAAUAAUUUAGCUUCUGUAAAACGUCUUCUUAGAUUAGGUGUCAAUCCUGACGUAAGAGAUUAUCAGGGUAAAACACCUCUUCAUCAUACACAAGAUAUAAAAAUUAUAAAAUUACUUGUUGAAUCAAAUGCUGAUAUAAAUGCAAUAGAUAACGAUGGUAAUACUCCAUUACAUACAAAAUGUGCUGGUGAAUAUAAUAAACCACUUGAAUUAAAUGCUAUUCAAAUUUUACAUGAAUAUGGAGCUGUAUUAGAUAAAUGUAAUGCAAAUGAUGAAACAUGUUUUCAUCUUGCAGCACGAAAUGGACAUACAGAAAUCUUACAAUUAUUAUUUGAACUUGAUGAAAAAACUAUUCGAGAAGCUGUUCGAGUAGCAGAACAAAAAUUAAGUCCACAAAAUUUAUCGACACUUGCAUUAGCAGUACGUUAUGAUCAUUUAGAUUCCGCAAUAUGGUUAUCUGAACAUGAAUUUACAUUUAAACAGAAUGAACCUAAAGAUUUAAUUAAUGAUAUUUUAACAGAAAAAAUAAUUUCGACAGAACCUGAACGUCUUUUACAAUUUGUUUGUAAAGAGGGUAAUGCAACAUUAUCAACUAUUUAUGAUGGAAGCAAUACUGCUCUUCAUUUGGCUGCAUCAAUGGCAUCUACAGAACCAUUAAAAUUAUUAAUAUCGCUUGGUUUUGAUCCAAGUGUAGUUAAUCAAUCAAAAGAAACACCUUUAUUUGUCGCUACUCGAACAAAUAAUAUAGAUGCAGCAUGUGUUCUUAUUGAAAAUGGUACUGAUUGGCGAAUUAAAAAUAUGGAAGGUUAUACGGCAUUUGAUUAUAUUCUGGAUAUUGAUGAAUGGUUAGCAUCAAAAAAAUUUGAUGAAGAUACAUAUGCAUGUCUUCAAGCUUAUAAAUAUAAAGAUAUUCGAACACUUAUAUAUACAAUAUCAUCAAAACUUGAUAAAUUUGAUGCACGUUUAACAGCAAAUCGUAAUAUUCAUUUACAAAAAGCAUUUCAAAAAUUUAAUUAUGAAAUUGAUAAAACUGAAGAAGAAGUUUUUCGAUCACCACGUCUACGAAAACGAUAA